AAUAAUGGACGAAUGGUUGAUUGUCGUCGCCACUGUAGCCUAUGUGGUUUGUCUCAAAUGCAUUUAUUAUCGAUAUCGUCGAUCUUUAGGGAAACCGUUCGACUAUGUAAUGAAUGUUCUACCAUCCCGGGAAACAAAUGGAAGUGACAUUAAAGCUCUAUUUGUAACCGCACACCCAGAUGAUGAAUGCAUGUUUUUUGGACCAACGAUCAUACGACUUGUCGAGUUUAAAGUUAGCGUGCAUUUGAUGUGCUUAUCAGAAGGAGACUACUACAAUCAAGGUGCUCAGCGUAAACAAGAACUUUUUGACAGCUGUGCCAAACUGGGCAUACCAUCCUCCAGGAUCACCAUCAUAAACCACAAGGAACUUCCAGAUGAUCCCAAAGCAGAAUGGAGUGUUUCCUUGGCCGCCUCUAUAAUUGCGAAACACUUGGAAGCUCACUCCUUCAACAUGGUGCUGACCUUCGAUGGAAGAGGAGUCAGUGGCCAUGCCAACCACAGAUCUAUCUAUAAAGCUGUAAGGCACCUCGUUUCCACUGACCAAGUACCCAAUGACUGCUGCUUUCUCUCCUUGGUGACUGUUGGCCUUCUCAGGAAGUAUGUUUUCUUCUUAGAACUCCCUCUCAGCUGGCUUCUGCCCUCAUCCCUCUGCUGUAUAAUCGGCUCAGAAGGCUACAGGCAGUGCAAAGCUGCCAUGCUGUGUCAUCGCACUCAACUGGUUUGGUUUCGUUAUCUGUACGUCACCUUCUCAAGAUACAUGUACGUCAACACAUUCCAAAUAAUUCCACACCCACCAAAGGCUCACAAAAUGUAUUAGAAGAUGCACUAUUUUUAUUUUUUUACACUUGGGUUUGUAAGUCAUUAUUAAUCUCAUAAGCUGUUUUUAGGUCAGCUUUGUGACUCUCAGAUUUUCCGUAUAAACAUCUUUAUUGCUUGAUCAAAUGAAAAGUUGACCCACAGUUGAGACCAUUGCACUGCUUUACUUUUGCAUAGCACUGACUAAAAGCGACUGCUGAUUCUGAGACAACAGUAGAAUUAUUUUGCUUCUUUCGUUGGUUUGGACAUGUCUCUGAUGGUCUUGUGUGCUUGCAUGCUUUCUUCCCAAUUGUCCCCCGAAAAUGUUUCUACUGUGACGCUUUGCACCGUACCUGGAUCAAGACAAUGUGGAGCAAUACCUGGGAAUGAGAUAAUAGCAAAUAAAUGAACAAUAUUGAAGGGUUACUAUAUUUAAUAGCUACUCAGCAACAAUAAGUCAAAAUUUCAUUGUGUGAUUAACCACAUUAUAAAGCCUGCUUAUGUCAGUGGCUCUACACCACAGGUGUCCAAGCUUUCAGAAAAAAUAAAGGAUGCACUUUGGGGCACUUUGAUACAUUGGAUGCAUUAAAGAUGCUAAAACCAGUCCUAUGUACGUCAAUACUGUGUAUGCCAAGCUAACAACAAGCUGAACAAGAACAACCGGCACUCGGUUGGAGGCGUUUGUAACAGUGAGGAUGACACUGGACAAAAUGCUCUCCAUCAUGGACAACCCCACCCACCCACUCCAUUGGACUCAUUCUCCAACAGACUCCUCCAGUUCCGUUCCCCCAGUGAACGCUACAGGACUUCAUUCCACACGCUAUCCAGCUCUACAAUACCUCACCUGUCUCUAAAAGAUAAUUCACAUUAUUCUGCUGUACUGUCUGCCCUCCCUUGUAUAAAGUAUGUUUGCUUGUAUUUAUAUUCUUACACAGUAUUUGUAAAUAUGCAAAUCUUAUAUAAAUUUUUUUUUAACUGAUUAUAUUUGAUUCAUAUUGCAUAGCAUUUUAUUUUAAGAGUGUUUGUCUUUUUCUUCUGCAGUUGACCUACUGUAACCAAGCAACUUCCCUUGUGGAUCAAUAAAGGAGCAAAACAUCCACGUCUUAGCUUUGUGUUAUCAGUGACAGCAAAUUAGUGAAAUGGCCAAUAACACAGUGAAACCUCGGUUUUCGUCAGCAAUGCUUUCCAAAAAGUCAGACAAAAACCGAAAUGUAAUAAUUGGCUAUAUCAUAAAGCUGAGAUACAUUUUUUUCUUGAAAUACAUAUAACUUGUCAGUAUAUUUACGUGUGUUGCUUUAACAGAAUAUCAAAGUGGCCCUUGCAUGCUUUCGUUUUUACCGUGCUGAAAAAGUGUGGACACCCCUGGUUUAGGCGCUCAAUUCCGCAAAGUGAUACGUGGGAAAAUGGACUAGUUACGUAUGAAAACCGAGAGGGUGUACAAAAACUGGGACAAAAUUUACUUGAAAACCGAAUCGUACGGAAAACCGAGGUUUCACUGUCUAUCUUAUGGAUAAUUAUUUUGUAUCAUUUGAAUAUGCAAAGGGCCAAUCAAGACUGAGCUGUGGGCAGAAAAUGGCCCCCGGUCCGCACUUUGAAGACCCCUGCUAUCAUUGUGGAGAAAAUGGCUUGACGGUGAAAAUUGUGUGUCAUGUGGCGUGUCAGCAGUUUUUGCUCUCACCAUAUCCAUCAGGGUUGGAGCGCGGUGUGUAGAAACUUUGAACGCCGCAGUUUUUACAGAAGGUGUGCUUGGCAUUGUGAGUGUUAAAUGUAUAUGUGGUCAGAUCAUCCCUACCCUAUAUGGGAGAAAAAGAAAAAGUAACUUGAAAAAAAAAAAUGUAUUUGGACGCUGCACUACCUACCUGCAAAAGUGUGAAGUUGUUUUUGGGGACGAUGAAAUGAUGGUUUUGUUUCUUUGUACAAAUACUGCAGCUGGAAAUGAGAACAAGCAUAAUUUAAAACAUA